GGGGGAAAAUCUUGGUGCAACUUUGAUACAUGCUCUGACUGACUAAUUCUUCAGUUUCUGGGGUUUGUGAAGUUAGAAAUCAUUCCUUCUUUUAAUGCAAAACAUUUCCUGUGGGCCAAUAGGCGAGUUUUUACUUUGUACCAGCAUAGCCAAAAUAACAGGACUUUAUAAUAACAAGGAAAUGAGUUCGCUCAAUUUCUAUUUACUUUGCCAGUCAGUGACCCAAUGAACACUGACAGUCCGUCCAAUACGUGUCCAAGUGUGGGAAAUCAAUUUAGGGGAGUUUGAAAAUAUGCAAUGACUUUUUAUUGAAAAUCAUGGACGAGUUCUAUGAAGGAUUUUGUAUUGUAUGAGUUGUAAAUUGGCAUUUGUCGUCAUGGAGAAAAUGUUCUUGCAGAUUUGGGGCCAGAAGUCAGCAUCAGGAGCAAUGGAGAGGUCAGUUUCCCAUUUUUCUGAAGGUAUGGAGGGUGUUGAAUCGGCCUGUGAUAAUAAUUUGUAUAUUUUAGAUUAAAGUUUCUUCGAGGAAGGGAUGUUAAUGAAUUUAGAGGGUGACGGGGGGAGGUCUAAGUUUAUAUUCUUGUUUUUCAUUGUUGAUUGGAUGGAUGAUGAAACCUGUAGAUAUUGUAAGAAUUGAUGGCUCCUGAUGCCAAACUUCUGGACCAGGAGAGAGAAUGGGACCAGGAUGUUAUUGUUGAAGAUAUGUUUGAGGUGAGUAAUCCCUUUCUCUACCCAGGUGCUGAAGUAUAGUGAUUGUUUAUUGCUGAUGAAGUCCAGGUUGUGCCAGAUCGGGGUGAAAAGCGACGGUGCCAGAGUGGAGUUAGUAAUGCUGUAGAAUUUCCACCAGUCUGUCAGGGCCGAUGAUAUUGUGGGGUUUUGGAAACAGGGGUGUUUUUGAUAGUUUGACUAAGGAAUGGUAAGUCUGAGAGAUGAAUGUCUUUGCUAACUAUUUUUUCUACGUCUAACCAAGUGCUAUCUGACUGGGUGGGGUGGGUCCAUUUGUAGAUGUAUUGAAGUUGAUUUGCUAGUGAGUAAUAAUGACAAUUUGGAGCAUUGAGUCCACCUAAACUUUUUGAUUUUUGAAGAGUGGCCAGUUUGAUUCGUGGGGGUUUAUUUUUCCAGUAAAAUUUGUUGAUGGAUGAAUCAAGGGAAUGAAACCAGGUGAGAGGUGGAUGAGUGGGAAUCAUUGAACAAAGGUAACUGAUUUUGGGGAGGAUUGUCAUUUUAACUGUUGCAAUUCUGCCUAGAAUGGAUAAUGGGAGGUUCAUCCAUCGUUGGAGAUCGUCAUUGAUUGUUUUUAGGAGUGGAGUGAAAUUCAGGUUGAUCAAUUCUGAUAUGGAUAUGGAUAUUAAGAAUUUAUUAAAAAAAAACGGGUCAUCAGUGUUUGGGCCAUAUAUAUUACCAAUUGUCAUUGGGCUAUUAUUGAUUGUUAUGUUAAUGAUGACAAAACGUCCUUCUGGGUCUAUUAUGGUGGUAUUGUGUAUAAAUGAUAUUGAUUUACUGAUUAAAUUACAAACUCCUCUUUGUUUUUUAUUGAAAUGUGAUGAGAAUGAGUGAGUAAACUGAGAUGAUUGUAAUUUGAUGUUGUCUGAUUCUGAGAGAUGUGUUUCCUGUAGUAAACAAAUAUCUGCAUGGAGUGAGGUGAGAUGAUUAAAUACUUUAUUUUUCUUAGCCUGAGUUCCAAUGCCACGGAUGUUCCAAGAAACGAAUUUUAUUGCUGACAUGUUGGGUGACUUUUAUCAAAAGGAGAGGGAUUCAUUAUGCUGAGUGAGUGAGUGAAUGUGUGUGUAUGUGUGUGUGUGUGUGUGUGUGAGUGUGUGUGUGUGUGUGUGUGUGUGUGUGUGAGAGAGAGAGAGAGAGAGAGAGAGAGAGAGAGAGAGAGAGAGACUAGACAAGUGAAUACAAAACAAAAAGGGACAUAUACAGUAAUGUUUAUGUAACGUAGUUAGAAUUAAUAUUUAGUGAUUUCACUUGCCAUGCCUUGCAUUGAGUUCUUUUAAGGAUGAUUAGUAUUGAUGUUCAGAUUCCCUGCAGCCCUCAAAUGCAACACCCCUGGGGAUUUGGGAAGUGAACACCAGGCAAGCAGCAACAGUUGUACUGAGCUGCUCGCUGGGUAAGUCCAGAUGUCGUGAUCUCCGUGAUUAUUUGUUUUAAUUAUCUUUUAAUUUCCAUAUUUAAGAGGGUACUUAUGUUGUAAUUUUAUGCUUGCAGUGAAAGAGAGGCUGCAUGUCAGGUGUGAGACCUGACUAUGUGAAUAUUCUACCAGGUACAGAGUUUGAAUAAAUAUAUAUUUUGUUAUACCACUUUAAAACUACUUUAAAUGUACGAAACAGUUGUACUGAGCUGCUCGCUGGUGAAAGAGAGGCUGCAUGUCCGGUGUGAGACCUGACUAUGUGAAUAUUCUGCCAGAUGCUGAAUAAACGCCGAUGCCAACCACAGAAGUAUGGUUUCUCUCCUGAAAUAAUUACACAAUGCAAGUACGACCACUACAUUUACACACAUACGAACAGCAAACAAAACACAAACGUAUAACAAUAAAGAACACCGAGAGCGCUGCGUAUCAGAGCGCAUAGAGUGCGGGGCGAGACGUUGGUGCGUGACUAUCUAUGAUUGUCCUUAACAGAUAGGGGGGCAGGGCUCUGUGUAGCGGGAGGAGAGAGCGAGAGUGCAUGUGUAUGAGAAAGUAAGAGAGAGAUAGUUUACAGAGACAGGGGCAGGGCUUGCCGACACUCAAACCAGGCAAUUGCCUGGGGCCCCGGCUUCCAGGGGGCCCCCACUUGGGCAUCCUCCCGAGUGACCAUGUGCCCCAAGUGCUAAUAAAUGUACUGCAGGGCUGGUGUCUACAUUGUUGCAAUUUUAUUUUUCUAUUUAUUUUAUUGUUAACAAUAUUCAGAUUUGUAUUUUUUGUUAUAAAAAAAGUUCAUAUUUUAUAUUGUGUUGGUGUCAGUUAAUUUACAACAACAAUUAUUGAUAGGCGUAGGGUUUUAAGGAUUUCUGUUCCUCCCUGAAAUUCACUUUGAGAACCCCAUAAUCUCUUCUAAAGUAUUAUUUUCAGUAUACAUAUCAAAUGUCCCAGAAAUCGUGUGCAAAAAACGAAUUUUUUCAGUGUGCAGUGAUGGGGUGGGGGCACCACAAAUUUCUUGCUUGGAGCCCCAAAGGACCCUUGCCCCGCCUCUGUACAGAGAGACGGGGGGCUAGUAUAACCAGGGGGUGAUAUCCUUGCUGCGGUAUAACUGUCCGUUUAUGUAAAGUUUGUCCACUGAGAUGACUGCUUUCUUUCCUUCUGACAUCAUUUGUUUGCGAAUGGGGAAGAGUUUUUUGCGCCUGUCCACGAUUUCUUUCGGGUUCAUUUACUCCAUAGUCCGUUCCUUUGAGCUGUUUUCCUUGAUGUUUGACCUGUUCUUUCUGUUUAAAGUGUUCGAAUUUGGCGACAAUCGGUCGGGGUCUGUUGGUGGUGGUGUUUUUCUGUCCUAAACGGUGAACGCGGUGAAAUGAAAAAAAAAAACAAAUUGUCUCUCAUACUGCGUGCUUGUAAAUCCAGAAUUGUUUCUUUCAUUAUUUUAUUUUCGGCAGCGGCGGUGGUGAGCUGGGUUGUAACAGAGGUGAGCUGGUCGGUGAUGGUAUUGACGGUUUUAUGGAGGGUUUUGUUUUCUUUGGUGAGUUUUUGACUGAAUUCUAAGCUCUGAAGGAGUGACUGGAAUUCUUUGUGUAAAACUUCAAUGAGUGCGACUUUGGUGUCGAGUCCGGAGAGUUUCUGGUUUAUGGAGAUUAAAAUGUCGCUUACCUCCAAAUGAUGGGGUGGGCUCGGGGGGGUUUACGGUGUUAAAUGAUGGAAAGUCACAUGCUCAUUGUCGACUUCAGUAAGCCCUUUUUGCACCUUUUCCACCCACAAUGUCCAUCUUUGAAACCACACACACGUAUGCAAUUAGAGAAGGGUACUCUGAAUGUCAUACCCAUAAAUACAAGACCAAAAUAGACCACUCCCCACUUCCUUUUCUUCAACUUUGCUCAUAACUGCUUGAUUCAUGCCCGAGUACUUCCCCACACAGAUACCAAAAGUUGUUUUCCAAUUGCACUUUUCGUUGCUCUUUCACAUCUACAGUAAUUUAGUUUUGUCAAGGUCACUCUGGAGUAGCACACCACGUAUCAUUCUGAGGGGGGGAAAAAAACACCAGCUUCACAAGGUAAGAAAAUAUACUUUUAUUACAGUACAACAAUGUGUCUGUUAAAGUUAGUCCGUUAGAAUUCUAUGUUUGAGCUUUUGUGGAAAAUUGUCAAAUAAAAUGAAAAGAAAAUAUUUUAUAAUGAAUAACAAAGAGUUCAAGAAGUUUGUGUAUGAAACAAAAUAUAUUUCCUGUCAGUGAGACAUUUGGCUGAUGAAUUAUGAUUUAACAAAUAGCAGCUAAAGUUGAGUUAAUAAGCUGCAUGAAGAUACUAAGAAAGCUUGCAAUUUUUUCUUGAUUUAAAAGCUCUAGCAUGUUAAAAAUAGUGGUGUGUGUGAAGGAUUUCUACUCUCAGAGGUGUUUUGUAAUCAGAACUAUUGUUAGGAGUUGUGUAUUUAUUUGAUUUUCAUCUCACAGUGGGAAACAUAAAGGAAAAUGGACAAAGACACAACAAUGUUGAUGAUGGGUCUGCUUUUAGUCGGUAAUAUAACUUUUUUUUAGUUUCCAGCAGCAUUUCCUCUUUCACUCCAAGACAAACAUCAGUACAAUUAGAAGUCACCUCUUGUGUUCCCUCUUCCCUCCUUUUGCUGUUAGCUUCCUUCAGUCCUGUGCUGAAUGAACAGUGGACGGCCAGUGUUGUGAAUGAGCUUGAGGUCCUGGUUUCAUCUUGCGUUGCCAUUCCCUGUUCUUUCACCCAUCCUGAGGGCAGCCUGUCCAACUCCAGACUCAGGGGGAUCUGGCAUGUUUCAGACAAAAGAGAUCAGCGCGUCUUUUCCGAGGACCCAACAACAAUCUUGGAAAAUUAUAGGGGACGCACAAAGUUGUUAGGGCAUUUGAGUCAGGGUAACUGCACGUUAGAAAUCACUGAAAUUAAAGAUCAUGACAACGGCCCUUUCUGUUUCCGGAUUGAACUAGCACCAACAUCAAGUGGUACACUUGAAAAGUUCUCCUUUGUCCAAGACUGUGCCACAUUGAUAAUGCAGCGUACGUCACCAAUAUUUUCACCAAUCAAUAUCAAUUUUCUGCUCCAUAAUUACAAGCCUCUAACUUUAUUUGACUUUUUUAUUCUUAGCUGAUCCUCCAAAGCCUGAGAUGACUCACCCAAAGACAGCCAUUCAAGGACAUCCCUUCACUGUCACCUGUACAGUGGCCCACACCUGCCCCUCCCACGCCCCCAAACUGACAUGGAGCAGGCUCAACUCAGACCCAGCAGAUGGGAUCACUGAGGUCCACAGGAAAACUCAUUCAGGCAUCUGGGAGGUUCAGUCCAUCCUGACGUUCAUCGCUGAGGAGAAGGACGACCACAGUGAGGUCACCUGCACAUCCACCUUUAAUGGAGGGAAGUCAUCAUCUAAAACACUCACCCUCUUUGUCAAACGUGAGUCUUUUGAUUUCCUUCGCUAUCUCACAAUAACAGAUAUUGCAUGCUUUUCUUUUUAUAUUAUUGAUGUUGAUCAGUUACAUGUCCUUUGUCUCUCAAAUGUUUUUCACUGACGAGAAGCGUCUCUCUUGUUGUUUGCAGGUACAGAAAAUUACAACCACAUCAUCAUUCCUGCAGUGGUGGGAAUUGGUAUCACUGCGAUCUUUGCAGUGUUUUGUAUUUUUAUGGUAAAAAAAUACAAGUAAGUAAUGUAAUACUCACACAUUCAAAAAACAAAACAGUCCAAAUUUUAAAUGUUGGCAUGUGCAGUAGGUUUAAUGUCUUUAUAAUCUUUUUCUUUAGGACACGCAUUGCAGAGCUUCAGCGUCAGGAUGGCAGGUAUUACUGUUUGGAAGAACUUGACUCUUUGUGCCACACUGACAUCAAAUUAAAUAAUUUUCCUCCUUUCUGUUCAAAAUGUCUUUUUAAAAUUUAUUUUAUCCUCCAGCAUGUGGAACCGACUCUCCAGGAUGUCACGCAGGUGAAGAAAAAGAAACUUUUUCUGAUUCAUUUUUUCAGUUAUGUCAGCAGGAAAACUUUUAUCCAUCUUUUCAACUAUUUCAUCAUUUUAAUCUUUUUAUUUUCAGGAUACGCUCCAACAAUCCAGGACCCUCUCAUUCUGAACAUCGGUAAGUCAGUUUUUAUGAGGAUCAUAUCUCUUUAAAGGCUUAAAGGAAGUUUAGUUUUUAGUUCUUCAGCUUUCAUCUAUUUUGCAUGUCUGUGAAGAGGGUUGUGGCUGAUCUGCUUUUUCUGAUUAGAUCUAAGUAUUUAUUUCUAUUCUUCACAACAUUUGCAUAGUUUCUGUUCCUUUUUCUUUUCCCAGAAGGUCUAUUUGGAGCAGAUUUUCAAGGUAAGAUGUAAAACACGUCAGCCUACACUGAUGUGUUUUCACACACACCCCGAUGUGUUAACAGCUACUUUUAAAUUUAUCUUGAACCACGUGUCCUUGUCAUAGUGAAACUGUCACAUACUUCAUGUUUUUUUAUUUGUUUGCUUAAAGAUGUCAUUUCUUUUUUUUUUUCUAAAACAGAAGGCCCAGAGCGGACAUGGUGAAUCAGAUGUAAGUAUUUGAAAGUCGAACAUUUCGGAGCUUUUUGUUGAUCCCCAAACUGCACAUUUACAUGGAGUUUAAUCCACAGGCCCAAUAAUGUGACUUCAAAUACCUGCUCAGACAAGACAUUCUCAAAGCCACGUUUCCCGUCCCCCAAAAGGUAUGCUAUCUGAGCCUCAACAGUACGUCAAACCUUAGUCAUUAAGUGUUGUGAUGGAGCAUCAUCUAAUGUGACUCUUUUCUCUGUCUCCCUGAUUAUUGCUGACGGAACUCAGUCAGCACAAAUCUAGCAACUACAACCAGGUAUUACCAAACCUCCAUAAUUACCACAGUCAAUACACUGUCACUUAUACAGUUUUAAUAAUAAUGAUUUUUGUCUCUCGCAGGACUUUGAUGGAGAUGAUUAUGAAAACGCGGCAGAUGUCAGCGUGUACGGAAACCUGUGAGGGACUUUAAUUUCACUGCGAUCAAAGCACACCACAACUGUGAUCAUGCUGACUAUGAUUUGUAUUAAUUGCUUCUGAUGAUGGCAGUUUUAAUUAUGACCACACAAGCAAUCCCUUUGUCAAAUGAGCUGUUUUAUUGUUUCAGACACAAUUUCAUUAUUUGUUGUGCAUUUUUCUGAAAGCUCUUUGUCUUUUUAAUUCACUUAGCUUGUGAAUGUUGUCAUUAAUUACUAUAACACCUUAUGCAUUGUAAUUGUGCCACUUUGCAUAGCUAACGUUUGUUAUGGCUCGCUGUCGCCAUUGCUGGCUGUGUACUUAAUCACAAUAACCACAAUAAGAUUCAAUCCAGAUAUUCAACAGCAAAGAUAAUAAAUCAAGUAUGGAUAAAAAUUUAAAUGAAUAAAGUUACUUUUUUUUAAAAAAAA